AUGGCGUCACAGGGCAACGUUGAUGAUGAUAGUCACCUCUACAGCGAGGAAUGGUCACGUCGUCAUUCUUCUGAGGGGCAAACAACGUCCAUGGUUGGUGAUGUGAACACUGACAGUGGUGGUGUCGGUGAUAAGAAGUCCAUGUUCCAAGCUCGUGCCCAGGCUGAGAUGAAGCUGAAAGAAGUGGAGCUUGAUACCAAGAUUGCUAAGACAGCGGCGAAAGAGAAGGUGUACUCUGAGGCAGAUGCUGCAGGUCAAGGUCAAUGUCUAGGUGAUCCCACUGUCACAUUAAGAUCUGUCACGACUCCGUCGUCACAGUACAAUCAGAUCAGUCAACAGAAAAUUAACCCUUCUGCAGCAGACUUUUUGCCAGUAAAUCAGAGCUCAUUGAAUCAUACCUCUCAAAAUCCAGGUGCUAGUAUUGCUGUUGAUAAUCAGUCCUCAUUGUUUAACCAUGCUGUUCUAGAGACACAAAGACAGAUGUCCCAUGCUAUGUUUCUUCCCAAACCGGAAGUGCCCAAGUUCACAGGAGACCCGACAGAGUUUUCAGCCUUCCUCAUGGCGUUCGAUGCCAGGAUUGCUCCACAUACGUCAAGUGAGGCAGAUAGACUUUACUACCUCGAUCAACAACUUCAAGGUGAGCCCAAAGAUCUUAUAUCUGGUUGUCUUCAUAUGGAUCCUUUAGCAGGGUAUGCUGCUGCAAGAAACCUGCUUUGCAAAGAGUAUGGUGAUCCUUAUAGAAUCUCGACAGCUUAUAUGAACAAGAUUCGUACUUGGCCUAAUCUAAAGAAUGAGGACAACGUAGGACUCAAGCAAUUCUCUAUUCUUCUGACAAAGUGUUAUCAUGUAAUGAGAGGUAUUUCUCAUAUGAUUGUCCUUAAUCAUGCACCAAACAUGCAGUGUGUUGUUUUGAAGCUCCCGGCGUAUCUCCAAAGCAGGUGGAGGGAUCGCGUUACGACUAUGAAACUGAAUGGGCAGGAGGAAGUGGAGUUCAAGCAUCUCGUUGACUUCAUCGACUUCGCUGCAAGAUCUGCAAAUGAACCUCUCUACAGUAAACAGGCACUGCUCUCCAAACAUGAUGAUACAAGUCGUAAGGAUAGGUUCUCUGAUAAGUAUAAACAAUCAAACAAGUCUCAAUCCACAAGUUUCGCUACUCAUAUCGGAAGUGAAUCACAAAGUAAAAGCAAAGGCAUCUCUUGCUUCCACUGUAAACAGUCUCACGAUCUUGACGAUUGCAAGUUAUUUCUACAAAAGACACUUUCUGAAAGACGAGAGUAUUUGAAGGAGAGUAACCGGUGUUACAGUUGUUAUGGACUUAACCACAUUUCAAAGGGUUGCAUGAAAAAAAGAACUUGUAAACACUGUGGCAAACGUCAUCCUACUGCUUUACAUGAUUACAAUUUUCAGUCAAGACAGGGGCAACCGGACUAUGUUUCCAAAGAGAAGUCAUCCACUGGCGAGUCUAAUGUCAUCACUGGAGCUACGUUCUGUGACAAUCAACGAUUCAAGGUUAAAGAGACUGUGCUACAACCUAUACUUCCUGUUAACGUCCGACAGAAUGGAGGCGAUAGGGUUGUGCAAACGUACGCCAUGUUGGACAACGGCAGCACAGGAUGCUUCAUCACAGAAGGACUGAAGGAUGAACUUCAAGCAAAGUCAUCACCAACGUUGCUGAGGUUGCAAACGAUGAACGGAACAGACCUCAUCAACACAACAGUGGUAUCAGAUAUUGUGAUCUCUGACCUCUCUGAUAGACAGUUUGUUAGUUUGCCACGCACAUUUUGUAAAGAUGUAAUGCCCGUUGGUCACGACAAUAUUCCUAAAUCGGAUGCUUUGAUGCAACUACCAGGUCUCAAGAAUGUUGCUGAAAUGAUGCCGCUGUAUCGACCAGACCUGAAUAUUGGCCUUCUUAUCGGCAGUAACUGUUCAGAUGGUCUUCGACCUCUUGAAGUCACCCCAUCAUCUGGCAAUGGACCUUUUGCUGUGAAGUACAAACUUGGUUGGACAGUAAAUGGCCCUCUUCAGCUCAAGUGUAAUUUGGAAGACAAAUCAGUUGUCUGCAACAUGGUGGUUCUAAAGGAACAUGAGAAGGUAUCAGAAUGCAUCACCCCUGACACUGUGCUGAAGUUGUUUGAACUAGACUUUAACGAGGCUGAUGUUGGGAAAGUCCCUGGUGAACGAGGCUAUUCCAUUGAAGAUCAAAGAUUUAUAAAGGAGACCGAGGAAAAAUUGAGGUUCGUAGAUGGGCAUUAUGAAAUUCCUCUUCCUUUUUGUAACGAUUUAAAUAUGCCAUCAAACAGGGAGCAAGCUGUCAAAAGGGUACUUUGGCAAAAGAAAAAAGAUGAUGAGCAAUGCACAGUAUCAUAA